AUGGAUUACAGUUCCUACAGUGGAGUUCCGAGGUUCCUGACCAGGCCUAAGGCCUUCGUGGUAUCCAUGGGGAAAGAUGCCACGCUGAGUUGCCAGAUCAUUGGAAACCCCAUUCCACUGGUGAGCUGGGAGAAAGACAAACUUCCUAUCCAGACAGGGGGAAGGUUUAAAAUGGUGGAAGAUGGCGACUUGUAUCGCUUGACAAUUUACGAUCUCAGCCUGGAAGACAGCGGCCAGUAUAUCUGCCGGGCCAAGAACACCAUUGGGGAAGCAUUUGCUGCGGUCAGUAUCAAAGUCGGGGAGCAAACCACCGUGACGGAGUCAGCCCCUUACUUCAUCCAGAAGCCUACUUCAAUCAGAGUGAUCAUGGGGGAGGAUGCCAUGUUCAAAUGCAUAGUUCAGGGCAGCCCUCCGCUUUUGGUCAACUGGGAAAAAGACGGGAGGCACCUGGGCGGCCGGGCGGAGUCUAACAGGAUCCAGAUUGACUCACAGGGGGAGAAAAACGCCCUCAAGAUCCAAAGCACGCGGUUAGCGGACAGCGGGACGUACACCUGCCGGGCCGAGAACCCUCUCGGGGCCGCCAGCGCUGCGGCUGCAUUGGUCGUGGAUCCUGCGGAUUCGUACAGCCCUGGCGGCACUCGGCACAAUGUCGACAUGGGCUACAGCAAGACUUCCCCGUUGCUGUCGCACUUGCAGAAAAGGCGGGAAGAGAUCAGAAAGACGGGGAGUGAUGGUUCUUCCUACGGCGUGACCACGCGCAGCUUCACGGUGACUGAGGGGAAACAUGCCAAGAUGAGCUGCUACGUUACGGGAGAACCCAAGCCAGAGAUUGUUUGGAAGAAGGAUGGAGAAGUCAUCCUUGAAGGGCGGAGACACAUCAUCUAUGAGGAUGAGCAGGAGAAUUUUGUGCUGAAGAUCCUCUUUUGCAAGCAGAUAGAUAAUGGGCUCUAUACUUGUACGGCUUCCAACCUGGCGGGGCAGACAUACAGCUCUGUGCUGGUCACAGUAAAAGAACCCAAAAUACCUUUCAAGGCCAAGCUGAGAGAUUUGGAAGUUCGGGAAAAGGAAUCGGCUACUUUCCAAUGUGAGGUCCCUGUUCCCAGCACAGAAACCUCCUGGUUCAAAGAAGAGACCAAACUCCAGCAGAGUAAAAAGUAUGACAUUGAAGAAGAAGGGAUUUAUCGGAAGCUUACGGUUCAGAAUGUUACCAUGGAUGACGAUGCGGUCUACAUCUGUGAAAUGAAAGAAGGGAGCCGAACCAUUGCUGAGCUGACUGUCCAAGGGAACAUUAUUAAGAAACUGCCAAGGAAGACCGCGGUCAGCGUAAAAGACACCGCGAUAUUUUGCGUGGAGUUGGAGAACAAGUGCCAGAAAUUCCGAUGGCUGAAGAACAAGGAAGAGCUGAAGCCCAACAACCGAAUCACCAUCACGUCAUCCAGCAAGGAGUACAGCAUGACCAUCCGAGAUUGUAACAUGGAGGAUGCGGGAGAGAUUGUUUUCGUGGCCGACGAAUGCAGAACAUCCACCCAGUUUACUGUCUCUGCCCCAAAGAAGCCCCCGUCUCAACCCCCCACCGACCCAGUGGUGAAAAAUAAAACAGAAACCUCAGUGACGCUAGCCUGGUCCCCUCCUAAGAUGGAGCGCCCCAUCCCCAUCGAUGGAUACUUGGUGGAACGCAAGAAGCUGACGGGGUUCACGUGGCUGAGGUGCCACGAAUCCCUCAUCACCUCGACGGAAUUCACGGUGAGCAACCUCGCUGAAGAGUCCGACUACCACUUCCGAGUAUCAGCAGUGAACAACUAUGGCCAGAGCGAUUACCUUGAGUUCCCAGGAACUCUUCACCUUGAACCAGUGUUCGCUGUGAGAACCCCACUGAAAACUGUAGAUGUCAUUCCGGGCAGGGACGCCACUUUUACUGUUGACCUCACAAAAAUGUGUUCCGGCUCGUGGUAUCUUAAUGGCAAAGUCUUACAGAACAGUGAUAAAUACAUCAUUACAAGAACCCAAACGACUCACAGCCUCACCAUCAAGAGGGUGACGAGGAGUGACAGGGAUGCAGAGGUGAAGUUUGUCACCAAUGGUAUUGAAUCCACUGCCAAGAUAAGACUGACAGCAAGUCCUGAUUGUAUCACUUCUAACCAAGACGCAGCGAAGUUCAUGGACACCAUUGGAUCAGCCCCUGGGAUUUCAGUCAGGCUUUCCGAGAAGUUUGAACUGGUUUGUGAAGUGGCGUCAGAACACGAUUCCGUGGUAUGGAAGAAGGGUAAGAAGGAGAUUCGACCGGACGAGAGGACAGCAUACACUUUUCAGGGAACACAACGGAAACUCAUUAUCAGGGAUGCCAGACGACAGGACGAAGGGGUCUACACCUGUGAAACCAAGAAUGACAAGCUAACAUUUCACGUUGAGGUGAAAGACCCUGAGGAAAUAUUUGCCAACAAGGAGAAGGUGCAGAAUGAAGUGAAAGCCGUCAUUUCAGAGAAUGCCUACCUCACCUGUGAGGUGUCGCAUUCCGAUAUAGAAGUGAAGUGGUUCAAGGAUGGGAAGGUGAUCACCUCCAGUAAGAAAUUCAUGGUAGAAUCCGAGGGCAGAUCUCGACGGCUGAUUGUGCAGCAGAUGGAGAAGAAGGAUGCCGGGGAAUACACCUGUGAGGCCUCUGGCCAAAAACUAACCUUCAAAGUCAUUGCAACAGAAGCCGAGGACGUGUUUGCCAACAAGGAGAAGGUCCAGAAAGAGGUGACGGCCGUCCUUUCGCAGAAUGCCUGCCUGAACUGUGAGGUGUCCCAGGCCAAGACAGAAGUGAAGUGGUUCAAGGACGGGAAGCUGAUCACCUCCAGCAAGAAAUUCACGAUAGACUCCGAAGGCAAAUCCCGACGGCUGAUUGUGCAACAGGUGGAGAAGAAGGAUGCUGGGGAAUACACCUGUGAGGCCGCUGGCCAAAAACUGACCUUCAAAGUCAUUGCAACAGAAGCCGAGGACGUGUUUGCCAACAAGGAGGAGGACCAGAAAGAGGUGAAGGCCGUCCUUUCGCAGAGUGCCUGCCUGAACUGUGAGGUGUCCCAGGCCAAGACAGAAGUGAAGUGGUUCAAGGACGGGAAGCUGAUCACCUCCAGCAAGAAAUUCACGGUAGAAACUGAGGGCAGAUCCCGACGGCUGAUUGUGCAGCAGGUGGAGAAGAAGGAUGCCGGGGAAUACACCUGUGAGGCCGCUGGCCAAAAACUGACCUUCAAAGUCAUUGCAACAGAAGCCGAGGAUGUGUUUGCCAACAAGGAGGAGGUCCAGAAAGAGGUGAAGGCCAUCCUUUCGCAGAAUGCCUACCUGAACUGUGAGGUGUCCCAGGCCAAGACAGAAGUGAAGUGGUUCAAGGACGGGAAGCUGAUCACCUCCAGCAAGAAAUUCACGAUAGACUCCAAAGGCAAAUCCCGACGGCUGAUUGUGCAGCAGGUGGAGAAGAAGGAUGCUGGGGAAUAUACCUGUGAGGCCGCUGGCCAAAAACUGACCUUCAAAGUCAUUGCAACAGAAGCCGAGGAUGUGUUUGCCAACAAGGAGGAGGUCCAGAAGGAGGUGAAGACCGUCCUUUCGCAGAAUGCCUGCCUGAACUGUGAGGUGUCCCAGGCCAAGACAGAAGUGAAGUGGUUCAAGGACGGGAAGCUGAUCACCUCCAGCAAGAAAUUCAAGUUGGAAUCUGAAGGCAAAUCCCGACGGCUGGUUGUGCAGCAAGUGGAGAAGAAGGAUGCUGGGGAAUACACCUGUGAGGCUGCUGGACAAAAACUGAACUUCAAAGUCGUUGCAACAGAAGCCGAGGACGUGUUUGCCAACAAGGAGAAGGUCCAGAAAGAGGUGAAGGCCGUCCUUUCGCAGAAUGUCUUCCUAAACUGUGAGGUGUCCCAGGCCAAGACAGAAGUGAAGUGGUUCAAGGACGGGAAGCUGAUCACCUCCAGCAAGAAAUUCACGGUAGAAACUGAGGGCAGAUCCCGACGGCUGAUUGUGCAGCAGGUGGAGAAGAAGGAUGCCGGGGAAUACACCUGUGAGGCCGCUGGCCAAAAACUGACCUUCAAAGUCAUUGCAACAGAAGCCGAGGAUGUGUUUGCCAACAAGGAGGAGGUCCAGAAAGAGGUGAAGGCCAUCCUUUCACAGAAUGUCUUCCUAAACUGUGAGGUGUCCCAGGCCAAGACAGAAGUGAAGUGGUUCAAGGACGGGAAGCUGAUCACCUCCAGCAAGAAAUUCACGGUAGAAUCCGAAGGCAAAUCCCGACGGCUGAUUGUGCAGCAGGUGGAGAAGAAGGAUGCCGGGGAAUACACCUGUGAGGCCGCUGGCCAAAAACUGACCUUCAAAGUCACUUCAUCAGAAGCCAAGGAUGUUUUUGCCAACAAGGAGAAGGUGCAGAAAGAGGUGAUGGCCACCCUUUCAGCAAAUGCCUCCUUCAGUUGCGAGGUCUCCCAGGCUGAGACGGAGCUGAAAUGGUUCAAGGACGGGAUGCGGAUCACAUCCAGCAAGAAAUUCAGGAUAGAAUCUGAAGGCAAAUCCAGACAGCUGAUUGUGCAGCAGGUGGAGAAGAAGGAUGCUGGGGAAUACACCUGUGAAGCUGGUGACCAGAAGCUGACCUUCAAGCUUGAUGUUGCAGAAGCAGCAGAUGUCUUUGCUAACAAGGAAAAGGUGCAGAAAGAGGUGAAGGCUGUCUUGCGGGAGAGCACCAUCUUGGCUUGUGAAGUCGCCUCUGCCGAGACACAGGUGAAAUGGUACAAGGAUGGGAAGCCCCUCAGCUCCAGCAAAAAAUUCAAGACGGAGGCGGAUGGCGCCUCUCGGAAGCUGGUCCUCGAGCAAGUGGAGAAGAAAGAUGCCGGGGAGUACGUUUGUGAAGCCGCCGGGCAAAAACUGACUUUCAAGGUGGAAGCCAUAGAACCAGAGCCGAAAUUCCAAAAAAAAGCUGCCCAAGAGGAACCCAUUGCCAUUCAAGAGCAUAAGAGCAUCAACCUAACGGCGACUGUAGUGCCUGAUAAUGCUGAGGUCAAGUGGUUCAAGGAUGGCAACGAGAUCAAAACAAACAAGAAGUACGAGAUUAGAAAAGAAGGAGCCUCUCGGUCCCUGAUUGUGAAGCUGGCGGACAAGAAGGAUAUGGGCGUGUAUACCUGUGAGACCAAGAGUGAUAAGCAGCAGUUCCAGGUGCAAGUUGAAGAAAUCCCGGUGAAGUUUGCCAAGAAGUUGGAGCCCGUUAAAGCUGAGAUCGGCGGCACCUUGACUCUGACCUGUGAACUGAGCCAGCCCAGGGGCGAAGUCAUCUGGCGCAAAGAUGGAGUGGAGCUGAAAGCCAACAAGCGCUUCCAAAUGCACGAGAUCGGUGAAAAGCGAGUCCUGGUGGUGACGGGGCUUCGGGCGGAGGACAAGGGAGAGUACUGCUGUGAAGCGAGGGAUGACAAAUGCAGCGUUCAUGUGACCCCCAUAGUUCCUCGAGUGGUGAAGUUUUUCAGAGGCCUUCAUAACGUAGUAGCGGAAGAAGGCAAAGAGGCCAUGUUCAAGUGCUCGGUCUCUCCCGGCGACGCCGCUGUCACUUGGAGCCGCAACGGAACCAAAAUCGAGGCCAGUAAGAAAUACGUGGUUGCUCAGAAGGAUACCAACCACAGCCUCACCAUCACCGACUUGACCCUGAAGGACUCGGCUGAAAUCUCCGCCGAAGCGGAAGGCGUGGUGAGCAAAGCGGCCCUCAAGGUGGAAGAGGCACCGGUGUUAUUCGUGAAGAAACUGGAGCCCAAAUCUGUUGAGGAGAAAGAGACGGUGACUCUGGAAGUGGAGCUGAGCAAACCAAGCACGGAGGUGAAGUGGAUGAAGAACAGCAGCGUGCUCCAUCCCAACGCCAAUCUGGAGGUCAAGGCUGAUGGGACAAGUCACAGCCUGGUGAUCAGAAGCGCCACCUGUGCAGACCGGGGCUUCUAUUCCUGCGAGACCCUCCAUGACAAGACCCAGGGGAAAGUCAACGUGGAAAUGAGGCCGAUCAAGCUAGUGAAAGGCUUACAGCAGGUGAAUGUCCACGAGAAGGACUGUGCCACGUUUGAGGUGGAACUGUCGCAUGAGAAUGUGGAAGCCACCUGGAUGAAAGAUAGCUUGAGACUGAAAGCGCAAGAGAACUGCCGUAUCGGCGUCCAGGGGAAGAAGCACUCGCUGACUCUCUCUUCCCUGGCACUGGAGGAUUCUGGCCUCAUCUCCUUCAAGGCGGAAGGUGUUCAAUCGACAGGCAGACUGAAAGUGACAGAACGGCCUGUGAAAAUCACCAAGCCUUUAGUAGAUAUCAAAGCUCAGCACAAGGACGACGUAACGUUGGAGUGUGAAGUUUCCCGGUCCAAUGCAAACGUGAAGUGGCGCAAGGAUGGGAAAGAGCUACGACCAAGUAAGAAGUUGGGAAUAAUUUCCCAAGGAACAAAGCGGAGCCUCACGAUACACAAAUGUGAACCCGAAGACCAAGGAAAAUAUAUGUGUGACGCUGCUGACGACAAGAGUUUGGCCACUUUGGAGGUCCACGCUCGAGAUAUCAAGAUUGUGAAACCCUUGGAAGAUGUGGAAGUAAGUGAAAAAGAGAGUGCUUCUUUCCUCUGCGAGAUCUCACAUGACGAUGUCGAGACUGAGUGGUACAGCAACGAGAACAAAAUUCGGGCUGGAGACAACAUUAAGCUGCGUCAAGAAGGGAAGAAUUUCGCCCUUGUCUACAAAAGUGUGGAAGUGCAGGAUUCUGCAGAGAUCAAAUUCUUUGCGGAAACAGCAGAAUCUCGAGCGCGGCUUAAAGUGAACGAACUGCCCGUAAAGAUUGUAAAACCUCUCCGCAUUAAGAUCGCUCUUGAGAAACACCGGGGCUUCCUGGAGUGCCAAGUGUCUCGUCCCAAUGCUAUGGUCACAUGGUACAAGGGCAACCAAGAGAUCUGCCCAAGCCUAAAGUACGAGAUUAUAAGCGAUGGGGUCUACAGGAAGCUGAUAAUCAAUGACACGGAGUUCGACGAUGAGGAUAUUUACACCUGCGAUGCCGUCGAUGAUAAAUCCAGUGCUCAGUUCUACGUGGAAGAGCAAUCAAUCAACAUUGUGAAGGAGCUGAGGGACGUGGAGGUGACUGAACCGGCAGAAGCCAGGUUUGAGUGUGAAAUUUCCAUCCAGUCUGUGAGGCCCCCCAAAUGGUCUCUUCGUGGAGAGCUCCUGAAGCCCAGCAAGGAUGUGGUGAUCGAGCAAGAGAGGACCAUCCACCGCCUCAUCCUGAAGAAGACUGAUGCGGACAUGACCGGCACCAUCCAGUUUGCAAUUGGCAAAUCUAAGUCCUCGGCAAACUUGGUUGUGAAAGAUCUUCAAGUGACCAUUACCAGGCCUCUAGAAGACAAGGUUGUUCUGGAGAGUCAUUCCGUUGUCCUCUCCUGUGACUUCAAGCCUUUGCCGAAAACGGUAGAAUGGUACAAAGACCACACCCGUAUCGAGACCUCAGAGAGGUUUAAGCCCAAGUGGGAUAAGAAUACUGCGGAACUCAAAAUCUUGAGGAUAAAUACCAGAGAUUCUGGCAUCUACAAAUGCAGAGCUGGGAAUGCAGAGACCAAAGCCAAGCUGUCUGUCUUGGACCGCGAAGUUGAGAUAACCAAACACCUACAGGACGUGGAAAUCGAAGAGGAGAGCUGUGCCGUGUUCUCCUGCGAGCUGUCGGAGGACAACGAGGAAGUGGAAUGGUUCCUCAACGACACGCAUCUUUACCCCAACAACUUCAACGAGAUCAAGAGCGUGGGCAAGUGUCAUUCCCUGAAGCUGAAACACGUUAUGACGGAAGAUGCAGGGACCGUGACCGUGAAGGUGCAGAAGAGAUUCUCUGAGAGCGCCCGACUGAAGGUGAAAGAGAAGCCCUCUGUCUUCAUGAAAUCACUAGACGACGUUGUUGGGGAGGAACGUGGGACAGUCACCCUGGAGUGUGAGGCCUCCAAGCCAAAGGUCAAGCCUAUCUGGAAGAAGGAGGGUGUGGAACUCACUCCUGGAGACAAGUAUGAGAUGCUGCAGGCUGGGAAGACGCUGGGCCUCAUCAUCCACGACCUGUGCAAGAGUGACGCCGGCUUGUAUACGUGUGAUCUGGGUACCGAGGUCGCCAAGUCGAAAGUCAGCGUUCAAGAGCUGAACAUUGGCAUCACUAAGCGUCUAAAGAGUGUUGAUGUGUUGGAAGGGGAGAGCUGUAGCUUUGAAUGCGUUCUCUCCCACGAAAGUGUCGAAGACUGCCGUUGGCUGGUCAAUGGAACCGAAGUGGGCCAGGAUGGACGGAUUCGAGCUUUCAACAAAGGGCGGAAAUAUACCCUCAACAUCAAAAAGGCCCGACCUUCGGAUGCAGGAGAAGUGGUUUUCUCAGUCCGUGACUUAAACUCCAAAGCCACUCUAGUUGUGAAAGAAAAGCCCGCAGAAUUUACAAAACAGCUGGAGGACAAGACUGUGUCCGUGGGGCAGGAAGUUAGCCUGAGUUGCGAAACAUCCAAGUGGGAUGGCAACAUCAAGUGGUGUAAGGAUGGAAAAGAGAUCCGGAGGAGCCAAACAUUUGACCUGCGUCAUGAAGGAACCAAGGCCGUAUUGAUCAUCCAUGAUGUUUCAGUCAAGGAUAGUGGAGUAUACACCUGUGAGACGGAGAUUUCCAAAACCAAAGCCACCCUUACUGUGGAAGAAACAGGGAAUUGUUUCAUUAAAGACCUUUCGGAUCUGAAGUUGGAUGAAAAUAAAAAAGCAGUUUUUACGUGCGAAACCAAGAAGCCCACUUCCACAGUGACGUGGAGGAAAGGAAUUGCCGAUCUUAAGGCAAGCAAAAAAUACGAGAUCAGCCAAAAGGCAAAUGUCCUGCAACUCACAGUGAAUGAACUACAAGAAAAUGACAGCGACAUCUACACGUGUGACAUCGGCGAUUCUCAAUCCAGUGCCAAACUGGUUGUACAAGCUCUGCCGGUUGUUUUUGAACAAGACCUGCAAAACAGGGAAACGAACGAAGGAAGCAAGGUCCGACUCUCCUGCGAGCUUAGCAAACCGGAUCUGCCGGUACAGUGGAUGAAAGGAAAUGAAGUUCUACAAGCGGGCGACAAGUAUGAAUUUAAGCAGCGGGGCACCGUGGCAGAGCUUGUCAUUCGGGACGCGAAGCCCACCGAUGCAGGAGAAUAUACCUGCAGCACCGGCGAGCUCAAGACAACUGCUCACGUGGAAGUAACGGCAGCACCAGUCAUUUUUAAGGAAGAGCUUAAGGACAUGGAAAAGGAUGAGGGGGACACCUUGGGUCUCCGUUGUGUCCUCGCCGAAUCUGAAGCUUCCGUGACCUGGAAGAAAGGGACGAGUGUUCUUCGGGCUGGUGAGAAGUACGAAAUGAAGCAGGAGGGGUGUGUGGCAGAGCUGAUCAUUCAUGGUGCGGAGCCAGAGGAUGCUGGGAGAUAUUUCUGUGUCACCGGAGACCAGCAGACAGCAGCUCAGGUCAAAAUCCACGCUGUGCCUGCCAAUUUCAAAGAACCACUCAAGAACACGGAAGCCGUGCAAGGGGGAUCGGUCACUUUGCUCUGUGAGCUGAACAAGUCCGCUCCGGUUGAGUGGAUGAAGGGGCGCAAAGGCCUGAGGCCCAGCAGCAAAUACAGAAUGAAGAAAGAGGGAAGUGUUGCCGAGUUGACCAUUCAAGACCUGGACCUGAAGGAUGCUGGAGAUUACACAUGUGCAUCUGGAGACCAAAAGACAACAGCUCUCUUAACCGUGAACGCCCUGGCGGCGCAGUUCAAAAAAGAGCUCAAGAACGAAGAAGCGACAGAGAGUGGGUCAGCCACUCUGCACUGCGAGCUGACCAAGGCUGUUGACUCUGUUGACUGGAUGAAGGAUCAGAAGGCGUUGAAGCCCAGUGAUAAAUACAGGAUGAGGCUAGAAGGACGCUUUGCUGAGCUCACCAUCCAAGACCUGGAGGUGAAAGAUGCAGGAAGCUACACCUGCAUGUGCGGAGAUCAGAAGACCACUGCAGCUUUGAAAGUGAAUGCCCUGCCUGUUUUUUUCCAAGAAGAGCUCAAAAACGCAGAGGUCACGGAGGGCGAGACCGCCACGUUGCAUUGCAGGUUGAGCAAGGUUGCCCAAGUGGAGUGGCAGAAAGGGCACAGGGCUAUCAAGCCGGGUGGCAAAUACCAAAUAAAACAGGAGGGGCCGUGUGCUGAGCUGGCAAUCUGCGACUUGGACGGAACAGAUUCAGGAGACUACACUUGUACAUGUGGAGGACAGAAGACAACAGCGACCCUGACUGUGAAUGUCCUGCCUACUCUUUUCACCAAGUCCCUGAAGGACGAAGAAGCUACAGAGGGCAAGAGUGCCACUCUGCGCUGUGAGCUGAACAAAACCUCCGCGGCCGUUGAGUGGAAGAAGGGACACAAGACCCUUAAGCCAGGCAACAAAUACCAAAUGAGGCGUGAAGGGGCCAACGCUGAGCUGGUCAUCCAAGCCCUCGAAGUAACAGAUUCGGGAAGUUACAGCUGUGUGUCUGGAGACCAGCAGACCAUGGCGUCUUUAGAAGUCAAGGCCCUGCCUGUGCUUUUCAAAGAAGGACUCAGGAACAGGGAGGCCGUCGAAGGUGCCACGGCCACUCUGCAUUGUGAAAUGACCAAAGCUGGGGCUGAAGUGAAGUGGAGAAAGGGGGCCCAGACCCUCAAGUCGAGUGAUAAGUACCGAAUGAAGCAGGAAGGUGCGGAAGCUGAACUGCUGAUCCGUGAUCUCCAGGUAGAGGACACGGGAGAUUACACCUGUGUUUGUGGAGACCAGAAGACAACGGCCGUCUUGACCAUCCAUGCUUUGCCAGCCCGUUUCCAAGAAGAGCUCAAAAGCCAGGAGGUGGCAGAAGGUGGAUUGGCCACCCUACAUUGCCAACUAAGCAAAGCUGCCCUGGUGGAGUGGACGAAAGAUGGGAAGCAGCUAAAGCCCAGUGACAAAUAUAAAAUGAAACAAAAGGAUACUGUCACUGAGCUGACGGUGCAUGACGUCACUGAACAGGAUGCUGGAGAUUAUGCUUGUGUGUGUGGAGAUCAGAAGACUUCUGCAUCUCUAACCGUGCAUGCCCUCCCUCCACGUUUCAAAAAGGAGCUAAAGAACGUGGAGGCUGCCGAGGACGGGACUGCCACCCUACAAUGUGAGCUGACCAAGGUCGCCACUCCGGUGGAGUGGAGGAAGGGCAACAAGCUGCUCAAGCCGAGCAACAAAUAUGAAAUGAAGUUGGAAGGCGCCGUUGCCGAGCUCGUUCUCCACAGUUUGGAACUGGCCGAUGCCGGCGAUUACAGCUGCUCAUUUGGGGAGUGGAAGACCACGGCCUCCUUGACAGUGAAGGCCCUCCCUGCCCUCUUCAAGAAAGGCAUGGAGAACAAAGAGGCUUCGGAAGGCGGGAGUGUCGCUUUCCAGUGCGAGCUGACGAAAGCCGCUCCGGUGGAGUGGAAGAAGAAGCACAAGACGCUCAAGCCAAGUGACAAGUACCAAAUGAGGCAAGACGGUGCGGUCUUGGAGCUUGCGAUCCACAGUCUAGAACUUAAAGACGCUGGGGACUAUUCCUGCCUGUGUGUUGAUGAAAAGACAACUGCAGCUCUGGUCGUCCAUGCCCUACCUGUGCUUUUCAAAGAGGAACUAAAAAGUGUUCAAGCCACAGAAGGCGAGGCAGCCACCCUGCGCUGUGAGCUGAGCAAGGCUGCCCCGGCGCAAUGGAAGAAGGAUGGCAAGUUGCUGUGGCCCAGCGUGAAAUACAAGAUGAGCCAGAAGGACACUGAGUUAGAGCUGGUGAUCCAGAACCUUGACGAGGAGGACUCUGGCAAUUAUACCUGUGUGUGCGGUGACCAGCAGACCACCGCCGCUGUAGCAGUACACGUUCUGCCAACCCUCUUCAAAGAGGACCUGAAGUGCCAGGAUGCCACGGAAGGUGCCACAGCCACUCUGUACUGUCAGCUGACUAAGGCUGCUCCCGUGGAGUGGAUGAAGGGCCACCGUUUGCUGAGAGCAAGCGAGAAAUACAGAAUGAGCCAGGAAGACUCGGUUGUUAAGCUGGAGAUUCAAGAGGUGGAUCUGGAGGAUGCUGCCGAAUAUUCCUGCCUCUGCGGGGAUCAGAAGACUUCAGCUUUCUUAACUGUGCAUGCUCUGCCUGCUCGUUUCAAAAGCAACCUGGAGAACAAGGAAGCCACUGAAGGGGGCAUGGCCAUGCUGUGCUGUGAAUUGAGCAAGGCCGCAGCCGUGCAGUGGAAGAAGGGGCAACAAGUGCUCCGAGCCGGCGGGAAGUAUGUCAUGAGACAGGACGGGGUCAAUGUCGAGCUGGUAAUCCAUGAAGUGGAGCUCCAGGAUAUGGGAGAUUACACCUGUGUGUGUGGAGACCAGCAAACCACAGCAUCUUUGACUGUAAAUGUCUUGCCUGCCCUUUUCAAAGAAGAAAUAGGGAACCGAGAGGUCACCGAAGGUGAAGUGGCUGUUCUGCGGUGUGAACUAACCAAAAUGGCUCUGGUUGAGUGGAGAAAGGGAGAUCUGGUUCUCAGGCGGUGCGAGAAAUACACGAUCAACCAGGAGGGUGUCAUGUCUGAGCUGGUGAUCCACAAUCCAGAGGAAAAAGAUGCGGGGCAGUACACCUGCGUUUGUGGAGACCAGCAGACCACCGCAACCUUAAAAGUCAAUGCCUUGCCUGCCCGUUUCAAAGGAGAGUUGCGCGCUCAGGAAGCCACAGAAGGCGAAACGGUCACUUUGCGUUGUGAGUUGACCAAGCCCGGUGCUUCAGUGCAGUGGAAGAAGGAGCACGAAGUCCUCAAACCUAGUGGAAAGUGCCUUGUUAGGCAAGAUGGACCGUUUGUUGAGUUGGUGAUCUCUAACGUGGAUCUGAAGGAUGCCGGAGAAUAUACUUGUGCUUGCGAAGACCACAAGACGACAGCCACCUUAGCAGUCCAUGCCCUCCCACCACGAUUCAAAACAGAAUUGAAGGAUGUGGGAGCCACCGAAGCGGGAACAGCCAUGCUGCGUUGUGAGCUUACCAAGGAUGCUCCCGUGGAGUGGAUGAAGGAAGACGUGAAGCUAGCUGAAAGUGGCAAAUUCCGAAUCAGACAGGAAGAUACAGUCGCAGAACUGGUGAUCCACGAUUUAGAUAUUCAGGACGCUGGGAGUUACACCUGUAUAUGUGGAGACCAGAAAACCACAGCGGUGUUAACAGUUAACGCCCUCAAGCCUGAAUUCCAGCAAUGUCUGAAGAACCAGAAAGCCGAAGAAGGCGGGACAGCCAAGUUGCGUUGUGAGGUAACGUUGGCGAAGGCCACAGUGGAAUGGCGGAAAGAUGGCGUGGUUCUUCAAUCUGGUUCUAAAUACGAAAUCCGAGAAGAAGGUACUGUCCGUGAGAUGCUCAUUCACAAUCUGGAACCUAAAGACAGUGGAGAAUAUUCGUGUAUUGUUGGGGAUCAGACAACAUCUGCCACUCUGACGGUGAAGGGACUGGACAUCACCAUCAUCAGGGGUCUGAAGAAUGCGGAGGUCUUUGAGGACGAAGACGUGACCUUUGAGUGCAAACUUUCACACGACAACGCAAGGGAUGUGGAGUGGAAGUUGCAGGACGCCUCCCUCCAGAGCAACGAGAUGAACGAGAUCUCGGUGGAGAAAGGCAGGGUCCACACCCUGAGGCUGAGGAAGGUCACCCAGCAGGAUUCGGGAGCUGUCACCUUCCGAGUUGGACCAUACACCUCCACAGCGCAGCUCACAGUGAAAGCACCGCUUCCCUUCUUUAAAGAAAAGUUAGAGAACAAAGAGCUCCAAGAGGACGGCACGGCCAUCCUGAAAUGUGAUGUCUCCCAGCCCAAUGUCUCAGCAACAUGGAAAAAAGGCACCCAGGUGAUUUCUCCAAGCCCCAAAUAUGAAAUUAAACAAGAAGGAACAACACACACCUUGAAGAUUUAUGAUCUGAAAGCGGAAGACUCUGGCAAAUACACCUGUGACAUUGGAAAUGAGAAGACCAUGGCCAUGAUCACUGUUGAAGCCCUUCCAGCCCUUUUUGAAGCUGAGCUGGAGAACCAAGAAGUGGAAGAAGGCUUGACGGUCACUCUCCGGGCUGAGGUCUCCAAACCCAAUGUGGCCGUGAAGUGGAGCAAAGGCGCGGCCAAACUGCGAGCCAGUGACAAGUACGAGAUGAGGCAGAAGGGCGUGACGGUCGAGCUUCUCAUUCACAAUGCGCAGCCCGAGGACUCGGGAGACUACACUUGCGACUCAGGCGACCAGCAGACGACGGCAUCGUUGCUCGUCAAAGCUUUGCCAGUGCUUUUCAUUAAACCGCUCGAGAAUCAGGAGGCUGAAGAGGGCGGCACGGUCUCCCUGAGCUGCGAGAUCUCGAAACAUGGCGCUCCCGUGCAGUGGAAGAAAGCGGGAUCCCUGCUCCGCCCCAGUGACAAGUACAAAAUGAAGCAGGUUGGAGGUGUGGCGGAACUGAUGAUCUGCAAACUGAGCGCCUCCGACGGCGGGGAGUACACUUGUGACACCGGAGACCAGAAUACCACUGCAUCUCUGCUAGUGAAAGAACCACCAGCCACUAUAGCGGACGCCUUGAAAGACAUCACCUUGUUUGAAAGCGAAGAUGCCAUAUUUCAAUGCAAGGUCUCUCGGGAGAAGGCCAAGGAUGUGCAGUGGAGUCUGGGAGGGGUACCUCUCCAGUCCAACGAAAUGAACGAAAUUGGGGUUCAAGGGAAACUUCACACUUUAACCCUCCGGAAGGUCACGCUGGAAGACUCUGGGGUGGUCACUUUCAGAGUGGGUCAGCAUUCGUCCGAGGCCCGGCUGACUGUGCAGGAAGAGGAAGUGCAGAUAGUUUCUGAUUUAAAGAACACAGACGUCUUUGCGGGCGAAUCGGCCACUUUCACCUGUGUGCUCUCGCACUCCGGCGUGAAAAAUGUGCAGUGGUGGCUGGACGGAUCCCCCCUUCAGAGCAGCCCUGUGAACGAGAUCUCUGUGCAAGAUGGGAAAACUCACACUUUGACCCUAAAAGACCUGGGCCCUAAUGAUUCAGGAACUGUGACCUUCCGGGCGGGCCCUCUCCAAUCCUCCGCUAAAUUGUUAAUCAAAGCCAAGAACACGAUUGUCCAGGGCCUAGAGAAUGUAGAGGUCAUGGAAGGCGGUGAAGCCCUGUUCGAAUGUUACCUUUCCAAGCCAGAGUGCUACAAUUAUAAUUGGCUGAUUGACGACGAACCUGCUAAAACCUCUGAAAAUAUCGAGAUGGUCUAUUUUGAAAAUGGGCUGCGGCAUCUCCUCCUCUUGAAGAAUCUGACAUCCCAAGACAGCUGCAGGGUGACUUUCAUUGCUAGUGAUGUAGUGACAUCUGCAUUCUUGACUGUAAAAGGAUGGCGCCUGGAAUUUCUGCAGCCGUUAACUGACAUCAUAGUCACGGCUGGAGGCAGAGCAAUCUUCAGCUGUGUUUUGAGCGAAGCAGUGCCCGUGAAUGAGGUUGCUUGGUAUCUUAAUGAUGUGGAUAUCCAAGCGGAUGACAACUGGGAGAUCCAGGCGGAAGAGAACAGCUACAAACUCAUCCUGAAGAACGCUCAGCCGCAUCACUCCGGGGAGGUGACGUUCGCUGCAAGGGACGCCAUUGCGUCUUCCAAGUUAUCUGUCAUAGAGUCUACUACCGGAGUCACUCGACCUUUGGUUGACAAGUCUGUUUUGGAAGGGCAGAAGACACUCUUGGAGUGUGAAUUGUCCAAAGAAGCCCAAGAUGUUGUCUGGUUCAAAGGAAAAGAACAGGUCCAGCCUGGAGAAAGAUAUGAACUUAUCUCUGAGGGCAAAAAACAGACACUCAUCAUUCACGAUUUUAAAACAGAAGAUCAAGGAUCCUACACCUGCGUGGCCUCUCCUGAUAUAAAAACUUCAGCCAAGGUUUCAGUUGAAGUGUCAAAGUUAAAACAGGCUGCUGAGGAAACUCCCAUUGCUAAGGAGCUGGACAAGAUGGUGGAUGGGCAGCUGCAACCCAGUUUACCACCUGAAGCUGCUCAGGAGGGUGAUCUCCACCUCCUGUGGGAAGCUUUCCCCAAGCAGCGUCGAAUGAGUAGGGAGCCAACCCUUGACUCCAUCAGUGAACUGCCAGAAGAAGACGACAAGCUUCAGAAACAGAAGAAGGAAGAAGCCGACAGAGGCCCCUACUCAGAGGAAUACUCUACUUGCGAUGAAUCAGUGAGAGCAGGAGAAGCAGACUUCUCUUUCACCAGCUCGGAUGAUGAGUCGAGAGCCGGGACUCCUUCCCUCAUUAACUACCUCAAAAAGGCUGGCUCAUCCAGUGUUGGCCGGGGGGAGAAAACGAGCGUCGAAACUAUCAAACGAUCCCCUCCCGCCAAGACAGCUGAACCAGAAGUCCUAGAAGGAGACUUGGACGACCCUUCCAUGGCUCAGGCGGCUGUCAAAAUCCAGGCCGCUUUCAAAGGCUACAAAGUGAGGAAGGAGAUCAAGCAGCAAGAAUGCCCCAUAUUUGCCGAGACUUUCAAGGACUUCUCGGGCGAGCCCGGAGGCAACCUUCAUCUCGAAUGCGUGGCUCAGAGCAAAACUGAUAUGACCGUCCGCUGGCUGAAAGACGGUAACGAAAUCUCAGAUGGGCGCCAUUAUCAUAUCGACACUUACAGCGACGGGACCUGCUCCCUGAUUAUCACCGGCCUGGAGAUGAAUGACGUGGGCAAGUACACCUGCGAGGCGUCGAAUAAAUUUGGCAAGGUGUCCCACAACGCCAAGGUGAUGGUGAGCCCCCCACCUCUGGCACCCCUACGCAAGCCCAAACAUACCAGGAAGCUCCCUGAGAGCGAAACAGAGAGCUCUUCCGGCAGCGAACUGGACGACGCCUUCCGGAAAGCUGGGAGGAGGCUUCACAAGCUGUUCAAGUCCAAGAUCUCCACCGAGAUUUCAGACGUGGAGGAGGAGCUCUUUGUCAGUGCUGACGAGGGAGACAUAGAGAUAGUUGACCAUCAGACCUACCGGGAAGAUGAGAGGUACAUCUACAUCAAGUUUGAAGUCAUGUCGGAGGCCAAGACGGCAGCCAGCCGGUUUAAAGAAAUGUUUGCCGCUAUGGGUAUUGCGGUCGAGAUUGACAUCCUGGAUCAAGGCAGUAAAAAGACCGAGUUGCGCAUAGGGAAAGCCACUCCACCUGCUCUGGGGCAGCUACGGAGCUUGGUGAAACGGCCGCCACCUCCUCUGCUCACGUCUGAUACUGCUCCCAUCUUCAUAACGGAACUUCAAAACCAAGAGGUGCAGGAUGGCUAUCCGGUCAGCUUUGACUGUGUUGUCAUUGGCAAGCCGACCCCGACCAUCCGCUGGUUCAAGGAUGGGAGAGUGAUAGAGGAGGAUGACCACUACAUGAUCAAUGAGGACCAGGAAGGCUGCCACCAGCUGAUCAUCACUGCUGUGGUCCCUCUCGACAUGGGGGUCUACCGCUGUCUGGCCGAGAACAGCAUGGGCGUGGCUUCCACUAAAGCAGAGCUACGCGUGGACCUGACCAGUACAGAUUACGACACAGCAGGAGACGCAACAGAGACCUCGUCCUACUACAGUGCCAAAGGGUAUUUCUCCAGCCGAGAACAAGAAGGAGUGGAAUCCAUGACUGAAGAGGAACAGCUGCCCCAGAUCCUAGACGAGCUUCAUGAUAUCCAGGUGGCCCCGGGAGCGUCCUUGGCCAAAUUCCACCUGAAGGUGAAAGGGUAUCCACAGCCUCGUCUCUACUGGUUCAAAGAUGGGCAGCCGUUGCAUGCCUCUGACCGAAUCCUAAAGACAGACAAAAGAGAGUUUCAUGCCCUCGAAGUUCUCAGCAUCACCAAGGAGGAUGCUGGACAAUACUCUGUGUUUAUCAGCAACUCUGCGGGUUCUGCCUAUUCAGCAGCCAGGCUUCUGGUCAAAGGUCCUGGUGACAAAGAAGAGAAACAAGAAAAAGAGGCUCGUGAACAGCUGCUACCACCAAGAUUCCUGGAAAGAUUUACCAACAAAAAAGUGAAGAAAGGAGUCAGCAUUACCCUUUCCGUGAAAGUUGAAGGAAGUCCAGCGCCUGCGGUGAUGUGGUUGAAGGAAGAGUCCCAUGGAGAAGACAUCCUCUGGAUCAAAUCAGACACUCCUGGAUACAAACUGGCCAGCUCCAACUUGCAGCAUAGCCUGAUCUUGCUGGACGUCAGGAAGGAAUACAGCGGGAACUACACCUGCAUCGCCUCCAACCAGGCUGGCCAGUCCAUCUGCAGCGCCUCCCUCGAAGUUCUGGAUGUGAAAGAGGCUGAAGUUCUGACCCAGGAGCGUAUGAUGGUGACUGAGGCUCUGAUGACCACUCUUGGAGUAGGCAUUUCAGCUCACCCUCCUGAUGUGAAAAAAGGCGAAAGAGAAGCCACCAAGGGCCAAUUCUCACUUGCCGAAGUUGGGACGGAGGAAUUCCUCCAGAAACUGACGUCACAGAUCACAGAAAUGGUCUCUGCAAAGAUAAGCCAAGCCACACUUCGGGUCCCUGGAGCCGACAGUGAUGACGAAUCAAAAACGCCGUCCCCAUCUCCUCGACAUGGCAGAUCCCGGCCUUCAUCAACCGCUCAGGAGUCUUCCUCAGAAUCUGAUGAAGGGGAUGCAAGAGGAGAGAUUUUUGACAUCUACAUGGUCACUGCUGACUAUACUCCCAUGGGGGCUGACCGUGAGACUAUCACACUGAAAGAAGGGCAGUAUGUAGAAGUCCUGGAUUCCGCUCAUCCUCUGAAGUGGCUGGUUAGGACCAAACCCACCAAAUCUAGCCCCUCCAGGCAAGGCUGGGUUUCUCCAGCCUACUUGGAUAAGAAAUUAAAGCUGUCCACCGAAUGGGGGGUACCAGAGGUUCCAGAGUUCCCGGGGGAGUCCGUUUCAGAGGAUGACUACAAAAAGAAAUUGAGCCUCAUUAUUCAGGACAUGCUGAACUCGGAGGAGGAGUUUGUAAAGGACUUGCAGUUCCUACAGACCCAUCAUAUCCAGUACACAGAGACCUGCCCCUACAUCCCAGCCGCCGUGUCCAACCAGAAGCUCAUAAUCUUCAGGAAUGUCACUGAGAUCACUCACUUCCAUUCCAACACCUUCUUUCCAGAGCUUCAGAAAUGCGACACUGACGAUGACGUGGCUAUGUGUUUCAUUAAGAACGAGGGGGACUUUGACAAGUACAUCCAGUACCUGGUGGGUCGGAUACAGGCCGAGUCUGUCGUUGUCAGCAAAACUGUUCAGGAGUUCUAUAAGCGAUAUACAGAAGAAAUGUUAUCUAUUGAAGACCCUUCUCAACCACCGGUGCUUCCGCUGCAGCACUAUCUAGAGAGACCAAUAAACAGGAUCCAGAAGUAUCAAAUUAUAAUCAAGGAAUUAAUCCGAAACAAAGCAAGGAGCAAUCAAAACUGUGCGCUUCUGGAGCAGGCUUAUGCUAUCGUAUCUGCGCUCUCACGGCGAGCAGAAGACAAUCUGCACGUGUCACUCAUUGAGAACUAUCCAGGAACCCUAGAAAUCCUCGGAGAGCCCAUCCGACAGGGUCAGUUCAUUGUGUGGGAGGGGGCACCUGGAUCCAGAAUGGCCUGGAAGGGCCAUAAGCGGCACGUCUUCCUCUUCAAGAACUACCUCUUGGUGUGCAAGCCCAAACGAGACACCAAGACAGACACUUACAGCUACAGCUUCAAGAACAUGAUGAAGCUGUCAAACAUAGAUGUCAAUGAUCUGGUAGAAGGGGAUGACCGAGCAUUUGAGAUUUGGCACGAGCGGGAAGACUCGGUCCGUAAAUAUGUGUUUCAAGCCCGGACCGUCAUUAUCAAGAACUCUUGGGUGAAGGAAAUCUGUGGUAUCCAGCAUCGGAUCAGCCUGCCGGUGUGGGAUCCACCAGAGUUUGAGGAGGAGCUGGCGGACUGUACAGCUGAACUCGGUGAAACCGUCAAAUUAGCGUGCCGCGUAACAGGAACUCCCAAGCCGGGUGUCAGCUGGUAUAAAGAUGGUAAACCAGUGGAGGUGGAUCCUCAUCACAUUAUCAUCGAAGAUCCUGACGGUUCCUGCACUUUGAUCCUUGACAACUUGGCAGGUGUCGACUCAGGACAAUAUAUGUGCUAUGCUGCCAGCCCUGCCGGAAAUGCCAGUACCCUGGGAAAGAUCUUUGUUCAAGUUCCUCCACGGUUUGUGAACAAGAUUAAACAUGCGUAUUAUGCUGAUGGUGAAGAUACGCAGUUCACGUGCACCAUUGAAGGAGCGCCUUUUCCACAGAUCAGGUGGUAUAAAGAUGGAAAUCUGUUGACUGACCCAAAUAAGCACCAGAGUUUCAGUGAGCAACGGAGUGGCGUGAUUGUUCUGGUGAUUAAAAAUGCCUGUAAGGACGACAUGGGAUUCUACGAGUGCGAGCUGGUGAACAGACUAGGGACGGCAAAGAGCGGGGCUCAGCUUUACCACCAGAGCGCAGCUGCUUUGGCUCAAGAGAGGAGAGCGGAUCAAGCCAUUACAAUUGAAGUCACUGAACAAGAGACUAAGGUCCCCAAGAAAACCAUCAUCAUAGAGGAAACGAUAACAACGGUGGUGAAGACCCCCAGGGUAAAGCGAAGGAUCUCUCCUGCCCGCCCGCCUUCGAGCUAUUCCCCUUCACGUUCCUCGAGAUCAGAGUUUUCGACUCCUGAGCCAGUUUAUAUGACCAAAGUCAGGCAGCCUCUUCACCGACAUGACAUUGAAGCCAUGCAAAGAGCAGCCAUUCCCACUCUUUUUGUGACGGAGGCAGAAGAAAGGAAAGGAGCGUCAGUCAGAAGUAGCACCGUAGAAACCAUCGCGGAAGAGCAGAAACCCAAAUGGGUUGAGGUGGAGGAAAUAAUUCAAUUUAACGUGAAGAAGUCAGCUCAGACUUCAAGGAAAAGAGGAGCUUCUCCUGUGAGACUGGAAAAAGAUGAAUCAAGUUUUAUUUGGUCUGGCUCCAGACCCAGGCGUUCCCCUGAAGAUGACCCAAACACAAAUAAUUCCAACAAUAAAUUGGUGGAGCAAGACAAGUCUUCCCUACCCUCUGAUGUUGAAACAUCUGGAGCUGAAGACAAGGGGAUAUUAACCAGUGAUGAAAAUGUAAGUUCCAAACAUAGGUCUGAGCAAGAAGGAAAGAACUGCCCACGUGAGUCAGUCAGUAUGACUGAUUCCCCAGCUGCUUCUCAUAUGGUCAGUUUUGUCGACGAACAAGCUGAGACAACUGAUCCGGGCAAGGAUUCCCAUCGAGAUGCAGAGGUUAAAGAUGCUGCUGCUAAUUUUGAAACAAUGUGGGCUGCCCAAGAGAGACCAUCAAGUCCCGCACCAGACAAAGACCUUCCAGAAGAAGAAAACAUCAUAAUCGAUGAGCCCGAAGAGGCAGAGUUUGUUGACCUUAGCAACCGAGAUCACAAAAUCCUGACCCGAAAUGGAAAAGCAUUGACUUUGGAGGACCUUGAAGAUUAUGUCCCUGAAGAAGGGGAGACCUACCGAUGUGGAAAUCCAAACUAUGAAGACAAGCCUUGCGAAAUAGCUGUGCUUCAAACUGAAAUCAACAAGCCCACCAUUGGGAAGCCUGUCUUACUCAAUGUGGGCCGGCCUGUGGUUCCUAAGACGAAGCAAACCUUUUUUAGCCAGUUCGAAGGGCAUCAUCCAAGCGGCGUCUUCAUGUCGGCAUCCAGAGUGACCGGAAUGCAGUCCAGUGGUCCAUCCAACAUUUCUUUCCAUGUCAGUGAGACCCUCACUGAGGCAGUGGCGACACCUGCAUCACAUACGACAGCUGCGGGAGCUUCAGCCGAAUCUCCAUUCAAAAUGGCACCAUCUUUCUGUACCGAAGUCCAGCUGUCUGCAGAUAAUGGACAAUCUAGCUUCAAAACAGAAGUUUCUACAAGAACCCUCAGCUAUGGCACUGUUGGGGAACCGUGUGAAAAGAAAAAUGUAAACAUGAAGUCUUCAUCUGGCCACGCCAUUCGACAAGAUGACUCACAGUAUGGCACCAAGAGGGCUGAACAGCAGGAAACUCCUGGUAAGAUUCCAGGCAAAACUGAAAAACUGCCGAGUCCCAGCAUUGUUCAGACAGAUGCCACUGCCCGGGAGGACGGCAUUCAAGAGUGCACCAUUCCCAUUACCAGGACACCCCAAAUCGCGGCGGCAGCUGAUGUCAUCGGGGAUGUGCGGAGGGAAGCUUACAGGGAGACCAUGGACCAGACCUCUGUCUGUGCAGCAGAGAAGAGUGUGGCAACCCCUCCGUACAUGCAAGUGACGAUUGAAGAUGUUCUGGUUCGAUGUGGGGAGAUGGCAAAAUUCGAUGCCAUUAUUGAAGGGAAUCCCCAGCCAACCGUUACUUGGUUCAAGGGUAUUUCCUUAUUGGCAGACAGCGAAAGAGUCCGUCUGUUCAGCGAGGGCACAAGAUACUCUUUAAUUCUGUACCAGACCAGAUCCGAAGAUGGCGGCGUCUACACCUGCAUGGCUAAAAACACAGGAGGGGAGGUGUUAUGCAAAGCAGAAUUAGUGGUGCAAGAAGACAAGAAAAGCCAAGAGGCAAAGAAAGAGAGCACAAGAAGAAAGCUCCAUUCCUUCUACGAGGUCAAGCAAGAAAUAGCAAGGGGUUCCUUUGGCUUCCUCAAGAGGGUUGUCCAUAAGGACAACCGAAUGCUCUGUGCAGCCAAAUUCAUUCCACUGCGCAGCAAAACAAGGGAUCAGGCCUAUCGCGAGAGGGACGUUCUAGCCACGCUGUCCCAUGACAGGAUCACUCGGCUGCUGGACGAAUUCGAGACGCGGAAGACCUUGAUCCUUAUUUUGGAGCUAUGCUCCAAUGAAGAGCUUUUGGACAGGUUGUUCAGGAAGAACGUGGUAACGGAAACGGAGGUCAAGCUAUAUAUUAAACAACUUUUAGAAGGGAUUGCCUAUAUCCAUGAAAAUGAAAUACUUCACUUGGACAUUAAGCCCUCCAACAUCUUGAUGGUCUAUGACGACAAGGACGACAUUAAGAUCUGCGAUUUUGGGUUUGCUCAAAAGAUAAAUCCGGCCGAGCCUCAGUACAGUAAAUAUGGGUCUCCAGAGUUUGUCUCCCCAGAAAUUCUCUCUCAGUCACCGGUGUCAAUGGCAUCUGAUAUCUGGCCUGUUGGAGUUAUUAGCUAUUUAAGCUUGACCUGCAAAUCUCCAUUUGCCGGAGAAAAUGACCGAGCAACCCUGCGGAAUAUUCAGAAUGGGACAAUCUCAUGGGACAUUCCCGAUUUUGUUUGUUUGAGUGACGAUGGAAAGGAUUUUAUCAGAAGGACACUGCAGCAGUCGGCAGAGACAAGACCCAGUGCCAGGGAAUGCCUCUCCCACGGAUGGUUUGUGAAUCAACCCCCACUUGAGGAAGUUCGUUUUAUCGAUACAAAGCAGCUCAAAUUCUUUGUGUCUCGAAGCAAGUGGCAGCGUUCUCUUAUGAGCUAUAAAUCUGUACUGGUAAUGAGACCCAUCCCAGACAUCCUGGAGAAAUCUCAGGAAAACACAUCCCUUGGCGUCUCUCGACACCUGGUAGAAGACAGCAGUUCGACUAGCAGCAGCGGAUCGUCUUCAGACAACGAAAUUUCAGCCCCCCUGGGGAGAAGACACUUUGGUCCUGUGCCGGAACUUCACCUGUCGGUGCUGGACGGGUCAACUUACUCAGGACUCCCACAAUACACAGCAGAAGCAAAAUAUCCCGAAACUUUGCUGCCGGCCCUGAAGCCCUCAGAACGCAAACUUGCUUCAUCAAAGGGGAGAUUGGGUGAAAGCGAAGAACCAAUUGCCAGGGCCUUUGUUCAGGAGGUGGAGGGAGUUGGUCCAGAGCGAACACAAAGGGGCCAUCCUUUGGAAAGGGGUACCAAGAGAGCUUUGCAGCCGGAGACAGGCACCACGGAAAUUUUUCCCCCACAGGAAAAAGAUAGUUUGCUGCUCCCUGAAGAAGGUAAAAUGGAAAAAGCUGAAGUAGGAAGGUCCCCCGGUUGCGUUCCCAGACACAGUGUCAUUAAAAGCACAUUCUACAGCCAUCCGUUAGAGAGUCUCGCAAAUGUACCUUCUUCGCCGGGCAAAGAGCACCGGAAACAUCUAGAAAGAGCCAAGAGAACCUAUAGGAAAGCAGGAUACUCUAAGGGGGCUUUGAGCGGUCUGCGGGAACCCCUUCUGGAACAGUUUGAAUUUGGGGAGGAAGGAGGAAGGCUGUCUGGCGACGAGGACAUCGGAAGAUGGAGAGAAGGGGGCCCCUUGACCAAAUCCGCUUCCUUCGACACCGCCCAGAAAUCGCCGCGGGUUACUUUUGAAGUUUCCAGCAGAAGCCGUUCUCUGGAUGAUUAUAGGAUACGCAAGGCAAGCUUUGCGGAGGAGCCAUAUAUUGAAGAGGAAGAAUCCGACCUGAUUCCCCAGGGCAGCCCCACAGAAGCAGCCCAUCAGCGUCACGUUUCUGAAGAUGGCUCUGAAAAGACGUCCGCAAAGGAAGUCUCAAAAAUGUCGACACCGGUUUCUUCACAGGGGCAACCAGUCUUGUUAGCACAGCAGGGCGACAGGCCAGGCUCCUCCAUGGCCGCGCGGCGACAAAAACCGGUUUUGAUUGCAACGCAGCAACCUGGAAUAGAGGAAAGCUUACUUGAGAAACCAAAGCCCCCUCUGUCUAAUACAGUGCCAGUUUCGAUCUCUGAAAACAAGACCCAGACGCUUGCGGGCCAAACACCUGCUAUGCGUGGUGAGAUGAAGCUGCCCAUUAUACAAGGCAAAGGUCCUGAGCAUGUAGAGACAGGGCCUGUUGGCUACUUUGAGGGAGAAAGCCAGCGCACGGUACCACAGAAGCCUUCUGCUUACGGGAGUGACCGACCAUACGACAUUGCCUUGGUACAAAUCCAAGACCUCUGGGAUGACAUGCCUCGUCCCGACAGCAAGACAGCAAAGUUUGACAUCUCCGAGGUUGAGCCAGCCUUCCUCAACCUGUAUGAACUCUACGACAUUGCUUAUUACCCGUUUGAGUUCCUCAGCUUCAGAAAAGCCCCCGAGAAUCUACCCAGCAAAAGACGUCUGCCUUCUGGGGAAAGGGCCAAGCUGUCGCCAGGCUUAAAAGUUCAUUCCCCUCAUGGUAAAAAAAUGUGCCUUCAGGAGGAUAUCUUGGCAGGUGGGGCUACGAGAGAAGCUUUGAGAGUCGAAGAGACGGCUGCACUCGCGUCAGUGAGACCCAAAGCACCCCGAAUGGGGAAAAGGUCCGACUCAGAAGGAGACAUACCCACGGGGUCUCAGCAGGUAUAUGUCCUCCCAACAGACCCAACCGGGAAGCGGAGGAGCUCUUUACAAAGCAGACUGGGAGCCUUCAAGCCUUUUGUCCGGUCUCAGUCCAUGGAGCUGAUGGAGCAAAGCCUGAAGAAGAAGAUGAAAGCGUCGGUUGCCCACCUUUCGAGAAUGCUGUCGAGGAAGCCGUCCCCCGAUCAGAGAAGCAGGGAAGGCUCAGAGGAGAGGAAGGAGAGGGACUCCUUGACGGAGGCUUCUGGAACUUUAAAGAAAAAGGCCGGGUUCCCAUCAUUUACUCUUCCAAGCUUCAAAACCAAGGAAAAAGCACCUUCUUUUGUAGAGGAGCUCACUGACCAGACGAUUGCCUCAGGACAGUCUGUGACGCUGUCCUGCCGGACUACUGCACAUACUUCUCCUCACGUUGAAUGGUUCAAAGAUGGGGCCGCCCUUCGCAGCACAGACAGGAUACUGAUCUCGUCCACGCUCAAACACUACCAGCUUUUAACUAUAUUAGCGGCUACAAAGGAUGAUUUUGGGACUUACACCUGUGUGGCCACCAAUGCCCAGGGGACAGUCUCUACCUCCUGUGUAAUAAGGAAAGCUGAGGCUCCGUCCAACCCUCCGUCUCCUGAUAUCGUGGAGAUCCUUGAGGAUGGAGUACAGCUGGUCUGGAAGCCGGUGGAACUCCACACCCCCGUGACUUACACAGUUCUGUGCAGGAAGGAAGACGGAGAAUGGAAGACUCUGGCCAGUGACAUCUCCAACUGCUGCUACACUGCCAGAAACCUCCCGUGGGGUUUGGUCUGCUCCUUCCGGAUCGCCUGUGUCAGUAAAGCCGGCGUGGGUCCUUACAGCAACCCAUCUGCCAAAGUGAGGAUUGGUGCUCCAUCAUUCCACUCUCCUGAUGCAGAGGACAGCAAAAUGACGGCUCCAGCUCAGCCUACCCACCAAACCUACGCUUUCCAGACAGAGAUCAAAAGAGGGCGCUUCAGCAUCAUCAAGCAGUGCCGGGAGAAGCUCAGCGGGAACGCCCUGGCCGCCAAAAUCAUUCCUUACCAAGCAGAAGACAAGGAAUUUGUGCUCCAAGAGUAUCACAUCCUGAGGAAGCUUCACCACACCAACAUCGGGCAGCUGCAGGGGGCAUAUGUCAGCCCCCGCCACCUGGUGCUGAUCCUGGAGCUGUGUGUGGGGCCUGAGCUGCUCCAUGCCCUGGCGGGAAGGUCCUCCUAUUCAGAGGUGGAAGUCAGAGACUACCUGUGGCAGAUCCUCACUGCCGUUGAGUUCCUCCACUCUCAGAAUGUCCUGCACUUGGAUCUGAGGUCUGAAAACAUGGUUAUUACUGAACCCAACCUGCUGAAACUCCUGGACUUUGGCAGUGCCCAGUUCUACACCCCAGAGAAGGUGAUUACUCUGGAGGGGUGCACGGACUAUGUGGAAACGAUGGCUUCAGAACUUCUGUCGGAUAAAGGCGCUGUCCCGCAGACUGACAUCUGGGCAGUUGGCGUAACCGCUUUCAUCAUGCUGAGCGCUGAAUACCCCAUCGGCUCCGAGGCAGCCUGUGACUUCGGGAGACUGGUCAAGCGAGAGAAAAUCAAGCUGAACAAAUGCUACGCAGGGCUUUCCGGAGGCGCUGUCUCCUUCCUCCAAAGCACGCUUUCCUCUAAUCCAUGGAGGAGACCCACAGCGUCUGAAUGCCUUGAGUCUCCCUGGCUGCAGGAGACUGGUUUGGACGAGAGGCAGCAAGCGACAGUGACUUUCUCCACCACCAAACUGAGGAAUUUCGUCGCAGAGCGGGAAAGGAAAAGGGCCUUACUGUGCUCAAAGUAUGGCGUGAUGACUGUGUAG